GAACGCCAAGUAUAUCAGCUGUCAUAAAUAAUAAGAGAUAAGACAAAGUCCUUAAAGUUUUACUUUUACUGCUUUCUUUAUAUUGUGUUCAUUAUGCAUGUUUCUAAGAAAUCAUGGGAUCUAACUCUUAUUUUAUGUACGACAAUGAACAGACUCUUUUACGGAAUCGUGUAUGACGUGAGAACAUACAGAGUGGAAUAAAAGGUUAGAUAUUCCACAACUGCAGCGAGAUCUAAAUCAAAUUCAACUGUUGAUAUUUAAUAGCAUUAUGACAAUUUCGUAUUCACUGGAUGUGGCAAAAGCCAGAUUUUGUGGUUUGGCACAGCUUUUGUUACGAUGGAAAGGUGGAGUUUAUAAGAUUCUUUGGAGAGAGUUCUUACUGUUUUGCAUGGCAUAUACAGCUUUAAGUGUCACCUACAGAUAUUACUUGAGUGAAGAGCAGAAAGUAGUAUUUGAAAAGUGGGUGAUCUUUGUGGAAACUUUUACAAAUUCUAUACCACUGUCAUUCGUACUGGGCUUUUACGUUUCUCUUGUUAUUGGCAGAUGGUGGAGUCAGUAUGAAACAAUUCCUUGGCCAGAUAGGAUAGCAUUGAGCGUCAGCUGUUAUGUGCAAGGCAACGAUGAGAGAAGUAGAAUGAUUAGGCGGACUUUGGUUCGUUAUGCCAUUUUAGCGAAAGUGCUCACUUUUCAGGCUGUAAGCACGUCUGUAAAAAGAAGAUUUCCUAGCACACAACAUCUAGUUGCUGCAGGAAUAAUGACUCAAGCAGAAAGAAGCGUGUAUGAAAAAGUAUCAUUCCCAUAUGGUAAAUGGUGGUUGCCGCUACAUUGGUUUACAGCUUUGGCGACAAGAGCUUUUAAAGAAAACCGAAUAAAAGAUUCAAUCUUACUCAACGGAUUAUUUAAAGAAAUACUUGAUUUUAGAACAUCCUGUGCUAUUAUGUUUGGUUAUGAUUGGAUCAGUGUUCCGUUGAUAUACACACAGGUGGUAACUAUCGCAAUUUAUACAUAUUCACUUGCUUUGGUCAUUGGAAGCCAAUACUUAGACCCAUCUAAAGGAUACCCAAACCAUGAAGUUGAUCUCUACAUUCCAUUUUUUACACUACUACAAUUCUUUUUCUAUUUUGGGUGGCUAAAGGUAGCUGAACAAAUUUUGAAUCCAUACGGUGAAGAUGAUGACGAUUUUGAAUUAAACUGGUGUCUUGACAGAGGUGUUCACCUUUCUUAUAUUACAGUGGAUCAUUUGCGUAUGAAGCACCCAAAAGUUGAUAAAGACUACUUUUGGGAUGAAAUGGAACCAGUUCUUCCGCAAACCAAAGAAUCUGCAUUUUAUAGUCAACCACAGUUGGGUUCUGCUUUCUAUUUAAAUGUUGAUGAUGCGGAAUAUCUUCCCAUGGAUUCUUUAUUCGAAGAAGAUGAAGAGAGUAACGUAUACUCAAGUGAGUCAGUUAAAAGACCUCGAGGUAGACCAUCUCUUUUGCAACGAAUAAUGAGUACUAAACUCAGCCAAAGCCGGAAAAAGAAAUCAAUUCGAAGGACUAUAAAAAACGAAACAAGCGUCAAAGGAAUCGUUAACCAGGCAUUCGAUUCAUCUUCUAGCGGCCAUAUCACUUACCGCAAUGCCACAGGUGCUACAAAGACAACGAGUUUAAACAACGCGGUCAAUACAUAUGUAAAUCAAAAAAGACCAGUGAGUGCACCUGUCUAUUCAGAUAGCAUUGUAUUAGAUCGUAAAAGGCAAAAUUGUCUGCAGAACGAAGAGAAACAAAGAAAUACCGAAAAAGUAGAACCACAACACAACCCAGAUGAAAUUAGUAUCGCUAUAACACGAUCUAUAAGUGUCCCAGCAGAGGCUGAUGGUUCGGCAGAUGCUGAAAACACAGAUAAUUCAAUGGAAAGUGACAUUGAACCGGAUAAUUUGAUGCCCUCCAUCGUGGAAGAAACUUCGCGAGCUACGUCUGCAGCUAGCAUUGAAGUGCACCAAGAUGAAGCUAGUACUAGAAAGCGCCUGGAUGCGGUUCAUGAUCUUGUGGAAGAUGCAAAUCGAAUGCUGUUAGAGUUGAAAAGAUCCAUAUCAGCUGAGCAUAAAGAGGGUGACUUAAAUGCUGAAAAAACUGAAUCAAUAAGCAGCACCGAAAUUGAUAAUGAUGAUGACUCAGCUUGUGCGAAAGAGCAGAACUCUAAUGUAGAAACAGCGGAAGUUGUUAUUGAAAUCGCUAGAGAAGAAAAUCGGUCGUCAAGUUUUCUGUAAUUAAUAACCAAAAUGUUCUUAAAGAUAUAAAAUAUUUUUGUUUUAAAUUUGAAUGUAAUAUAUUUUAACCUUAUGUAAUAUAAUUUAACCUUAUAAAAAACUAUGAUUGUAAGUUUGAAAUCCAUGUAAGAGCUUUUAAUUCUCCUCGAAACAAAUCUAUUCUUUUCCUAUGCUACAAUAUAUACCAAUUUUCCUUAAGUAUAAAUAUCGAAACAAAUUGCAUUGAUAAUUAUUUUUUUUAAAAAUAUUAUUAAGUAUUAUAUUUUAACUAUUAAAUUGUGAAUAAAUUUGAUGAACGUCUAUUCUACAUGCACUAGUUAAUAUAUUUUUUUUUUGUAAUAAUAAAAGGAGUUGUUAAGUAAAGCGAAAGGAACACCAUGUAUUUAUUCUUAUGUAUUAGUCUCACGGUUUUCGUACCAACUCUAUUAUAACCAAACAGUAUAUAAUAAUUUUCAAUUCAGAAAUUGUAAUGUUGAAACUGAAAAAUGAUCAAUUGAUAACAGUUCUUAUUGUAACAAUGCGCUAUACUAAUCCUAUGAGAAAAAUUCUUUUUUCACUCAUUCUUCCCGAACGGACAAAUAAAAAAUUUUUUAAAUGGUUUCUAGAUCUAGUGACUACAAUUGACCAUUACGCUCGAACUAUUCCAAAUAUCUUGAUAUGCACUUUUCGUCAAUCAUAUUUGACUCUUUAAAGCUAAUGCUUCGUUCGGCUUAUAAGCUUUACAGUAGAAUCUUCCUUGUCGAAUUUGUGGCUCUCGCUUUCAAAUUUUUGCGACAAAUUUUUCGAUUUCUGAUUUACUUCCAGAAUGAUUUCGUUCACUUGAAUCCAUCAUUUAUUGUGGUACUGCUUUGCUCAAUUUUUGAAAUUAGAGCCAUUUUGUGCGUUCAUUACUUGGAAAAUGUUGUAAACUCUUUUUGUUAAAACCAUUUGAAGCCUUACGCGUUUUAUAGAAUUUGGUGCUAGUUUGAAAGAGUUUCUAAACAAAUUAGAUAAAAUUUCAUUUACAUAUUCAGAUAAAUAAUAUGAUAUUAACAAAUCAUGUAUGAAUUAUCUUUUUGUUAUAAGUUAUAAUGUAUAAAAUCUUAACUAUGUGUCAAGACGGUAUUUGUUUUGUAAAAAUAAAUCUUGUAUGCAACUACGAUUUUUUUUUAUCUAUUUUUAAAUUUUGUGUAUAUUCUUCUCAUUUCUGACUUUUGGUUGUUAUUUAAAGUUUCAAUGUUAUAUAUUGUUUCAAUCAACAUGUCAUUGUUUGUUUUCAUAUCGUUGAUUCCAGUUGGCAAUUUUUGAUGUCAUCUUCAAUACAAAAGUGUUAAAAAGUCUAGCAAAAUAAUAAAAACAUAUUUUAUUACAGAAAGAGAUACACUUUAAUAUUAUAUCAAGUGUACCAAAACUGCGUACUUUGUAAUUUGGAAACCGUAUAAUCUCAAUUUAUAUGAGUAACAUAAAAAGUAAAAAUGAGGAUU